AGAGCACCGCGGCUGCGGAAGCGUGGGCCUCGUCUGCCGCCCCGCCAUGGAUGAGCUUCCGAAUGGCAACGGCGCGGCGCUGCUGCAGCGCGGACGCCGGAGGCGCCGGCGACAGCCGCAGCCCCGCGGAGUGUCGGUCUUGGCUCCGCCCUUGCGGUCCCGGAAGGUCCGAAGGCACCGGAAAAGUGCAGCGUCCCGCGUGGCCGCGCUGAGAGCUCGCGCGCUCCUGAGCGAGGACUCGGACUCGAAGGUGCCAUCAGUCGGGGGCAAGCGGGAGGGGCCUGCGGGGUUGCCGGAGACCUCGCGGUCAGCGGAGCCGCGGCCGGUACCGGUGCGCCCGAGGCCGGCUUCGGCGACCCUGCCGCGCCGCGUGGAGGGGCGGGCCGCGCUCUCCCGGAGCCUGGGGACCCACGCGGAUGGCCCGGAGCGGCCCUGGGAUUCGCCGCUGCAGCAGGUGUUGGCCGAGCUGAACGGCAUCCCCAGCAGCCGGAGGCGCGCCGCCCGCCUCUUCGAGUGGCUCCUGGCGCCCCUGCCUCCGGACCGCUUCUACCGGCGGCUGUGGGAGCGGGAGGCGGUGCUUGUGCGGCGGCAGGACCACAGCUACUACGAAGGUCUCUUCUCCACCGCCGACUUGGACUCGAUGCUGCGCGACGAGGACGUGCACUUCGGGCAGCAUUUGGAUGCCGCGCGCUAUGUCAAUGGGCUGCGGGAGACCUUGAACCCCCCGGGCCGCGCCCUGCCCGCCGUUGCGUGGUCCUUGUACCGAGCCGGCUGCUCCUUGCGCCUUCUUUGCCCGCAAGCCUUCUCGCCUACCGUGUGGCACUUUUUAGCUGUGCUGCAGGAACAGUUUGGAAGCAUGGCAGGCUCCAACGUUUACCUCACGCCCCCCAACUCGCAGGGCUUUGCUCCUCACUACGACGACAUCGAGGCGUUCGUGUUGCAGCUGGAAGGUCGGAAGCUCUGGCGCAUCUACCGACCGCGGGACCCAAGUGAGGAGUUGGCCCUGACAUCUAGUCCCAACUUCAGCCAGGAGGACCUUGGUGAGCCGGUGCUACAGACGGUGCUGGAACCCGGAGACUUGCUAUAUUUUCCUCGGGGCUUCAUUCAUCAAGCCGAGUGUCAGGAUGGAGUCCACUCUCUGCACCUCACUUUGUCCACCUACCAGCGCAAUUCGUGGGGUGACUUCCUGGAGGCCGUCUUGCCUCUGGCCAUGCAGGCAGCCAUCGAGGAAAAUGUGGAGUUCCGUAGGGGUCUGCCUCGAGAUUUCAUGGAUUACAUGGGGGCUCAGCAUUCAGACUCGAAGGAUCCCAGAAGAACAGCUUUCAUGGAAAAGGUGCGGGCCUUGGUUGCUCGCCUGGGCCACUUUGCUCCUGUGGAUGCUGUGGCUGACCAGAGAGCAAAAGACUUCAUUCACGAUUCCCUGCCGCCGGUGCUGACCGAUAGGGAAAAGGCUCUAAGUGUUCACGGGCUCCCAGUUCGCUGGGAGGCUGGAGAACCUGUCAAUGUGGGGGCCCAGCUGACAACAGAAACCCAGGUCCAUAUGCUUCAGGAUGGCAUAGCUCGGCUGGUGGGUGAGGGAGACCGCUUGCUCCUGUAUUACACAGUGGAAAACUCCCGCGUCUAUCAUCUGGAAGAGCCCAAGUGCUUAGAAAUCCACCCCCAGCAGGCUGAUGCCAUGGAACUCUUGCUUCGCUCCUACCCAGAGUUUGUGAGAGUGGGGGAUUUGCCCUGUGACAGUGUGGAAGACCAGCUUUCCUUAGCGACCACCUUAUACGACAAGGGCCUGCUGCUCACGAAGACGCCUCUAGUUCUGAGUUAGUGUCAGGAGGGUGGAUGUGGGUAGCACUUCUCGGCUACCACUGCCACUUUUUUUUUCUUUUUUAAAGAAGUCAUGUUCUUACCUUGCUAAGCAUCGGUAAGGUUACGUUUACCUUUAGGAUUUUUUCAGUGUCGAAAACUUCAGGCCUGAGAAGAGCGGCUUCAUCUAGGUACAAAAGUAAACACAGAAAUUGAAGUGGGGUAUGUGUGUGUAAGAGGAGUUAUUUGCAGAAGUAGCUCUGAUCCCUGCCUUUUCAGGGCACCAACCUUAUUCCCUGCAGGUCCAGUGUAUCAGGUAGCACUGGCUGUGCCCUUCUGCUUGAGACAUUAGGGGUGUUUAUAUGGAAAUUCCUUCCCUUGAGUUCUCUCAUCAGUUUCUGGGGUAAGCUGGGGUCAGUAUGCUGUGCGUUGUUUGUGUGAACAUUAGAUUUAUUAAAAAAAAGUGCCAAAGACCAUCAUUCUUUUUUUCUUUUUUUUUUUUUAAGAAUUAUUUAUUUAUUUUAUGUAUGUGAAUACACUAUAGCUAUCUUCAGACACACCAGAAGAGGGUACCAGAACCCACCCAGAUCAUGUGGGUGCUGGGAAUUGAACUCAGGAUCUCUGGAAGACAGUGUUCUUAACCACUGAGCCAUCUCUCUAGCCCCCGUCUUUCUUUUCUAAGCCUAGAUUUUUGGGGGGAUUGAUUUGAAGUGUGGGACAAGUCGAGGAUAAAAUAUGGCUGAGAGGAAAGACAGCGUGGCUUAGGAUGUCAAAGGGCUGUAUUACCAACGCCCUGGGUUCAUCCCAGCAUCACACUCAUUAAAGAGGAGAAGCACGUCUGGCUGAGGCCAUAGACUAGCUGUGGAGAUAACUUACUCCUUUUAGUUAUAAGACUUGAACUCCGAACUGAACAGUCGUAGCAGGAAAUCUUUCACCAGCAGAAUCAGCCUUGAAAUACAUAUGUAUUUGCUCAGUGGUUUAAAUCAGUAGUGACUUACUGGCAUUGCUCCCAAAAGGACAGCAUCAUGUCACCUAGCUGUGCUUUCAUAGGCUUUAGUCACCCAACUUUUUGCAAGCUGGCCAAGGGGAAUAUUGGGUGUUCAAGUUAUUGUCUGCUCUCAUUCCCAACUACCCCCCUCCUAACCCCCUCCCCCCACAGCUGGAUAAAACUUUCCCUGAUGUGGCAAGUGCAUGUUCUCAUGAUUGGUGGAAGAGAGCCUGGUGCACCAGAAACAUCACUCGGAACCUUGAGGUUGUGUGGUGGCUGGUAGGCCCCUGGCCAGGUGAUCUGAGGCUGCUGCUUACAGAUGUUGUGAGUAUGCACUGGUACAGUUUGACUCCUUGCCAUUUAGAGUAUGCUCUGGGCCUAUUAAGAUCCUAUCAUAACUGAUAGGUUCAGUUUUUAAAGCUGAGUAUUUUUAGGAAGUAUUUUUUCCCUUAAGUUAGAACAUAAAAUGAUUGCUCACUUUAGAUGACCACUAUAAACGAUUAAAUGUGUGCCCUUUUGGGGGAGUGGUUCAGCAAACAUGCACAGUAGUUACUUGUUUUUAUAAAGACUUGUGCUUUUCUAUAUGUCCUAAAGUCAGUUCAGCUAGAGCUACCCUGUAUGAUCCACACAGUUGCAGGCAGGUGAAAAGUGUCUGGUGGGUGUGGCAGGGAGUGGUGCAUGGAAACCAAGAAGGAAACUAAGUAGCUGCUGUUACUUAAAUCUUACUUAAAUCAUACAGGGCUCCCUACAAAGUCCUUAGAUGGCUUGGUCCUUGGGAUUGUUUUCUGAGAAGAGUAGAGGAAUGGGCCCACCCCUCAGAAACUUACUCUCAGAAAUUUUGAAGUUCUGAAGGAAAGUGUAGAAUUCCAGCGGCUUUUGGCGCUCUUUGGGUUUCGAGUAAACCCAUCUGGCUGUUUCUUUCAAGUGUUUUACGGCCUGUUCCAUCUUCAGGAUUUUCUCCGUCAGUAAGUCCUUUUGGUUUAGUGUUUGGAUCUAAGGGAAACAGUUUUAAAAAGCAAUUGACCAACUAACCAUAUUAGGAAAAAACACUGAAGUAAUUGAUCAUGCUUAUUAAUCUCAGCACUUAGGAGGCUGAGAUAAGAUCUCAACUUUGAGGUAAUUUGUUAUUGUUGUUGUUGUUGUUGUUUUAGAUUUGGUUUUUUUGAGACAGGCUUUCUCUGUAUAGCCCUGGCUGUCCUGGAACUCACUCUGUAGACCAGACUAGCCUCGAACUCAGAAAUUCGCCUGUCCCUGCCUCCCAAGUGUUAGGAUUAAAGGCCCACUGCCCGGCUUACCUUUUUCUUGA